UUAAAAUAUUUUUUUUUAUAAAAAAUCAGUAUGGGCAUGACUUAAUUAUUUAAUUUUAAAAUAAGCAUUUAAUGAAAAAAUUGGGAGUAUAUAUAUUCCGUAUGUACGCCGUAUGUCGCCCCUCUAGGGUUUCAGUAGUUCGUUGGUUAGAGAGAGAGAGUGAGAGAGAAACAGAGUGUUGAAGAUGCAAGCGGCGAAAGGUUCUGAACCACAAGAGAGCAAAAGAUCACCGUCGCCGGCGGAGAAGCACCAGGAGGAGGAGGAGGCCGAGAAAAAGCAGAGCAAGGUGACAGGAGUCGCGGCGAAGGUGGUCCCAGUAGCGGCGGCGGCGCACCCGCCGUGGAUACCGUUGCCGUACCCGCCGCCGCCGGCGGCGAUAAUGCCGCACCACAUGAUGCCGCCUCAUUACAUGCCGUACCACCCCCACUUCCUCCCCCAUCCUCUGCCCCAUGCUCAGCCUCCGCAGCAACAGGGGGGAGGAUCCAACGGCGAGAACCGAACCAUCUGGAUCGGCGACCUUCACAACUGGAUGGACGAGGAUUACCUCCGGAAUUGCUUUGCUUCUACCGGAGAGGUUUUCUCCAUUAAAGUGAUCAGAAACAAACAGACUGGGUUCUCAGAGGGAUAUGGUUUUGUAGAAUUCUGUUCUCAUGCAGCUGCAGAGAAAAUUCUGCAGUCAUACUCUUGCAUUCUAAUGCCUAAUACAGAUCAGCCCUUUCGCCUUAAUUGGGCAACAUUUAGCAUGGGGGAAAAGCGUUCAAAUAAUGGUUCUGACCUUUCUAUAUUUGUAGGAGAUUUAGCUGCAGAUGUUACUGAUACUUUAUUACUUGAAACAUUUUCCAGUAAAUAUCCUUCUGUUAAAGCUGCUAAAGUGGUCAUUGAUGCCAAGACUGGUUGUUCUAAGGGUUACGGAUUUGUAAGGUUUGGAGAUGAUAACGAGAAAUUGCAGGCCAUGACUGAAAUGAAUGGUGUGUAUUGUUCAAGCAGGGCUAUGCGAAUCGGUGCAGCAACGCCCCGAAAAUCAGCAGGAUAUCAACAGCAACAUCAUGCACAAGGUGGAUACUCAAAUGGUUCUCCAGCCCAUGUGCACCAAUCUGAAGGGGAUUCUUCGAAUACAACGAUUUUUGUUGGAGGCCUCGACGAAAAUGUUAGUGAUGAAGAUCUUAGACAGCCUUUCUUGCAAUACGGAGAAAUAGUGUCUGUUAAAAUUCCACUUAGGAAAGGAUGUGGAUUUGUUCAAUAUGCACACAGACAUGAUGCUGAGGAAGCAUUACAAAAGUUGAAAGGUCUAGUAAUUGGCAAACAGACUGUGCGUCUUUCUUGGGGUCGAAAUCCAGUGCACAGGCCGUUGAGAUCUGACUUCUUGAACCAGUGGGGAGGCGGUGGCGCAUACUAUGGUGGGCAUUUUUAUGAUGGUUACGGUUAUCCUUUCCCUCCUCGCCAUACCCCUCCGCCGAGCAUGUAUGCACCUCCAGGAGGCUAUGGGGCGUACCCUAUGUACGGGACCCACCACCAACAACAAGUAAGCUAGAUAGGUUGGCGACGGUCUUCCCAAGAGAACUCCCCCAGAUAAGAUGGCAAUGCCCAUGUUGUGGCCAUAAUACAUACAUAUAUAUAUACACACACACCCACAUAUAUAUAUAUAUAUGUUUUGUUGAUUCAAGGUAAAUUGGGCAUGUAGUAGAAUUUCUUAGCUGACCCUCCAGAACCAGGAGUGGCAUUGAAUUUUGAGUUAAAUGAGGUAGUUCUUUAGGAAUUGAUUCUGUUAGGAGUGAGAUUUGAUUACAUAAGUUUGGAACUCUGGACCAGACAUGGGAACUUUUUUUGUUUUUAAUUUAUUGGAAUAAAUAGUGUGCUUGCAA